AUGCGGUUUCUCCAGGUUUCAUGGACCGCUUUGGUCCUGUCCACUCUUUCACGUCACGUCGUCGCAGAGUCUUAUUUCGCCCUCAACUCAGCUUACGGUCUUUUGCGAAACACUGUCGCUGCUGAGGACCUAGAGCUUCCCGUGGGAACCUGCAACGCCAACACGCCAUGUGUGAACGGUGCCUGCUGUAGUGGUAACGGCAGCGGUUUGUGUGGCUACUCUCCAUCUGAAUGCGGUGCCGCCAACUGCACCUCCAACUGCGAUGCCAAAGCCGAGUGUGGCCAGUAUGGCAAGCCUGGGAAACAGAUUUGUCCCCUUGGAGUUUGUUGCUCCGAAUUCGGCUUCUGUGGCUCAACCUCAGAGUUCUGCGAUGCCGGCUGCCAAAAGGGCUUCGGCGGCUGCGGUGACGUGAAGCGGCCCUCCUGCAGCAAGGACGGCGGCAGCAUCAACAAGCGGUCCAUAGGCUACUAUGAGUCCUGGGCCAACACCAGAGCCUGCAGCGCUGUCUCCCCCGAGGACCUCAACUUGGACGGUCUCACGCACAUCAACUUCGCCUUCGUCUUCUUCGACCCGUCCUCGUUUCAGAUCGUUCCCAUGGAUAAGAACGCCGGCACCCUCUUGAAUCGGUUCACCAAGCUCAAGGAAAAGAAGGCUGGCUUGCAGACCUGGGUCAGCGUCGGUGGAUGGUCAUUUAACGAUCCUGGCCCUUACCAGAAAGCCUUCAGUACAAUGGCAUCGAGCGCUGGGAACAGAAAGAUGUUUAUUGAUGGCCUGAUUAAGUUUAUGGAGAGCUAUGGCUUCGACGGCAUGGACCUCGAUUGGGAAUACCCAACUGCUGAUGACCGUGGCGGCACCGCAGAUGACACCGCCAACUUCGUGUUGUUGUGCAAGGAGAUCAAGGCGGCGUUCGGCAGUCGCUUUGGCUACUCCAUCACCCUGCCAGCGUCCUACUGGUACCUACAGAACUUUGACCUCGCCGGCAUGCAGCCGUUUGUUGAUUGGUUCAACAUAAUGUCUUAUGAUAUCCACGGCGUGUGGGAUGCCGCCUCGAAAUUCGUCGGUCCUAUCGUCGCUCCGCACACUAAUCUCACGGAGAUCGAUAUGGGCUUAGACCUUCUCUGGCGCGCGGGCCUCCAACCCGAGAAGGUUGUUCUCGGUCAAGGGUAUUACGGCCGCUCGUUUACCCUGAAGGACCCCAGUUGCAACAAGCCGAAUGGUGUUUGCCAGUUCUCAGGCGGCGCCAAGGAAGGCCCGUGUUCCAAGGCUUCUGGCAUUCUCACCUUGCAAGAGAUCUUUGAUAUUAUCGAGCAAAAGAAUCUUAAGCCUCAGUUCGACGAGAAGGCAGGAGUGAAAUGGAUUCAUUGGGACAGUGAUCAGUGGGUGUCCUAUGACGAUGCCCAGACUUUGAUGAUGAAGAAGUCAUUUGCAAACUCCCGUUGUCUAGGUGGCUCUAUGAUUUGGGCUCUGGACCAAGUAGAUCAAUCGAGCAAGAGUCUGCAGUAUCCCGAGGACUGGUCGGACGAGGAAAUCUCCUUGUCGGAAGAAAUGAUCGCCGACGAAGAAGUCAAGGGCGUCUGCUACACCACCAAGUGCGGCGAGUCUUGCCGGAAGGGUGACCAUGAAGCAUCGCAGAUGAACGGGCAGCCAGGGCUUUCCACCAUGGAUCGGUGCCCUAAGAACAAGUUUCGCCGACUCUGUUGCAACAAGGGUACCACCAUGGGCAAGUGUCGCUGGAGAGGCUACCGGGGACUUGGCCUCGCGUGCACUGGAGGCUGCGCCGAUCUAGAGACGGAAAUCACACAGAACACAAACCAUCACAGCGACAAGGAGGACCAGACCUGCAGCGGAGGCACCCAGAGCUACUGCUGUGCAGGCUUCAUGCCACCCAUCAGCAAGGAGCAGAUGGAAGAGAAGAUCAAGGACGAAGCAGCUGACGCCGCAAUCGCUGCCGCUGAAGCGUUGGCUCUCGAGGUCGCAGCCAAGGCAUUCUGUCGAAUCGCCAUCACGGCAGCCCUCACCCCCUUGACAUUCAUUCCUAUCGUCGGCUGGAUCAUCCGUCUUGCGAUUCAGGCUGCCGUUCCUGCGCUUGCCAACCUCUGUGCUAAGGGAAUCGUCAAGGGCGGCAAAUCUGUCUUCAAGUUCCAAGGCAAGGACUACGACGUCAAGCUAGAUAAGCCCCUCACCACCAAAAACGACCGCGGCGACCGAGACAAGUCAGACAAGGUGGAUGAGAAGGACAGCCACUGCAACCUGAAAGAGAACAAGCUCCUGGCUAAGCGCGCAGCGCUCCGUCCCAAAUCGGAGACGUCAACACGAACCAUCCAGAUGCGCCAGACAGUCACCAAGACUUGCAAUGGCGCGUUGUAUCCCCAGCCAUGUCUGCACUACCGGUCCGUUAUCCAGAACCAGAACGGCAUGGCUACCCUGACCUGCACGACAGCGGCCGGCGGCGGCAUCAGACCCGUCGUUGAAAAGUACAGCAAGGACCAUCAUACCAAGUGGAUCAACGGGUGGAUGCAGUCCGCGAACCUCAACUGUCAGCGUGAUGAGUACCCUCCAGCCGCCAUCUGGCAAGGACGCGACAUGAGACAAUGGAUCCGUCUCGUGCCCGGAGCGCAAAACGGAGGUGCCGGUCAGCUCUUCAGGGGCGUCUGUCCCGCCAGGUACAGAAUGUCGCCCGAGCAAGGCAGACGCCUCCUCAAGGUCGUCCGCAACUGCAAGCGCCUCGUCUCCAAGUACGUGGUGACCCGGACGGCGACCACGAAGGUGAUGAAGAUGAAGUUCACCAAUAUGCCGAACCUCGCGGACGAUGGUAUCCCCGACAACCCGUGCUACCCCAGGACCCUCAUUGACGACCCGGGAUUCGCGCUGAUGACCAACGACCCCUGGUACAACGCCCACCCGGCCAGCAAGCGAAACACCCGCUUGUAUCGAAAUGCGCCUGGGGCCAAUAUCAUCGCUGGCAAGACCAACCGUCCGGGCUACAACAAGAGAGACGAUGAGCAAGACUUUGACCCGGAAACCUUUAAUCCCGACGACGUGUGGGUGGACGAAGGCAACUCCACGCGCAAGGCGACAGAUGAGGAGCUGCUUGACCAGCUGGGCUUUUUGCGCUGCGAGAACGGCGACUGCGAGGCGGAGCUUGGCGAUCUCGGGGUCAAGUCCUUGCCAUUCAUCAACCCCAGCUCUACUGUGCCUAUUGAGGUUGUAGCGUUUGCCACACCGGCGGGCGCUCUUCCUACAUCGCUCGCCAACGUGCUGGAGACGGCGACAUCCAUCCAUCAGGAGGCUAGGUCGCUGAUCACGCCAGCACCGCAAUUGGAGUACGAGUACGAGGUUGAAUAUGAGGACUAA